AUGGAAGACAUGCGCCGGUAUGGUGCUUCUCUGGUUCGGCCUGUUGCUGAAGCUAUGGAGGCCACACGUGCCCAUGGCGCAGUGGCUCUUGAGAGAGGUGCAGAAGCUGCUAGCGAGGCGCGCCGCCACGGCAAUGCAGCACUGCGUUCGGGAGUGGAGACAGCGGAGGCGCUGCGGAAGGCAGGUGCCCAAGCCGCGCAGACCAGCGCCGAGAUGUUGCAGCAGGGCACGGAGGUGGCACGUGCAAAUUGGCAGCACGGCGCUGAAGCUUGCCAGCGCGGGCUGACCGAGGCCUCUGCAGCUUGGAAACGCGCCGCGCCCUAUUUGGACAAGGCCAUUUUGCUCGUCAAUGUCGCCUGCGCGCUCAUCAUCGGAGGCUUCCUCACGCUGGGGGUGAUGCUGGUCUGCAUGCCGCUGAAGCCAUCAAGAAUGCACCACGGGGCGUUCGACCGCAUGUUUUGGGUUACCCAGGGCCUCUACCUUGUGGCUUUCAGCGUCCCUGCCCUGGUGGCCACAGUGCAGUGUGGGAUUCUGCGCGAAGGAUUUGAUGGCUGGCCUGCGUGGAUGCGGGUUGAACUUUGGCUUGGCAUUUUGAAAUUCCAGGUUGGAAGGGCAAUCUUUUUCAUUGGAGCAGGGUUUUAUGUCUUCCCCCUGAUGGCAAACUUCGGGCUCAUGGCUGACGUGGAGCUUUGGACGGUCAUCUUGUCCUACUUUCUAGGCAUACUUUCGCUACUUUCGGGCAGCUUUCUGCUGAUUUUCGAAGGCUUGCUGUCCGUGUACGUUCGGCAGGCCCUCUACGACAGGGUCCCGCAAGGAGGGCCAUGA